AUGUCGAGUACUUGUGUCUUCACACAACAAGUUGUUGCUGCCAUCAACGACACCCUAAAUCCACAAUACCUGCACAAACCUUCAGCUGCAGAAGUCCAAGAAAUAGUCAGAGGUUUCAGUGACAGAUGGGGGUUCCCACAGUGCGCAGGGGCUGUGGAUGGCACUCAUAUCUGCAUCCUGGCAACGUCUCACAACCCAGCUGACUACUACAACCGGAAGGGCUUCUACUCAGAUGGAAAAACCUGGUGGAGGCAGGAGGUAUCGACUUCCCAGCAUCACCUGAAGAACUGGAAGGGCCUCUAUAGGCUGAAAGCCAGACACAGUUUCCAUGUCAAAGAGCUGAUGGAACAGGACAGAUCAGAUUUCAGUUUCCACAUGCUGACUAAGAACACCUAUGAUAGUGCACCACCUAUUAAGCCUUUUGGUAGGUGCACACAAGAUUUCACUGUGCAUGUGAUGCUGUGGGUGAUGGCGUCAUUGCUAACACUAGUAAAAGAUGUGUUUUCUGAGGACAAUAAAGAGGCUCAUCCAGACCUCCAGCGUGUCCAAAGGCAGCCCUUCUUGUCUCCUGCUGAAGAUCUGGAACAGGACAGCAGUGUUCACGCACCCUGGCCUCAAGCCCUUGAAGAGUGGUCACUGAUGCAGGAUGAGGAAAUCCAGCAGAGCAGAUGGCGGCGCUCCCCUCCUGUCUCCAGCUUGCCCAGAACCUCAAGGAGGAGCCGCAAGAAGACCAAGAGCAUCCACGAUUGCCACUUGGAAAGGAAAGAGAUACGGGUGCGAGAUCUUGAUCUCGGUUACAACUCAGAUGAAAUAGUCCUCUUUAAGUACUGUGUUGGGACCUGCCACAGCUCCCGCAAGAACUACGACCUGGCACUCAAAGUUCUGAUGGACAAGGGGAGCGUCUCCGGCAAGAUGGUCAGCAGUCACCCCUGCUGUCGGCCUACCCACUAUGAGACUGUGUCCUUCAUGGACACCCAGACUACCUGGCAGACAAUUAGGUGGCUCUCGGCGGCCAACUGCAGCUGUGUGGGCUGA